AUGGGCGACAAGGUGGACGUGGAAAUCUCUUCCACUCCAACAACCACAACCUCGCCAUCAAAACGUGUCGCAGAGGAACACUCAGCAGCGGCAGUCGUGGAUGAAGAAGAAAAUAUUACUGUUCGCGGCAGAGUUCUCGUGACGAUUCUUUCGAGCAUACUUCUCCUUGAUCUUCACCUUGAAGCACUGCUCAUUGGUAUGAGCAGGUUUCUUGCAAUUGCGACAUCUCUUACGAGCCAACGAAGAAAAAGAGAAGUGGCAGUUUCUAGUACUUCCGGAGUUAAUUUCCAUUGGCUCGGGUUUGUUCUUCUGAACACCUGA